AUGGCAAAUAAAUGUCAACAUUGUGGUAAAUUCCUGUCAGCGUCAGAUGGCGCUAAGUGCACAAAAUGCACAUCAAUGUUCCAUAGGGCUUGCGUAAAUCUAAGCCCGGAAUCUCAUAUUCCUCAAAAAUGGAUGUGUCGUAGUUGCAGAAACAGUGGUUACAUUAAAUGUCUUCCAGCUUCCCUUGCUAACGAGGAAAGAAAUGAUGAGAAACUUAACGCAAAUUCGGCUAAUGAAUCCUCUCUCGUCCGUGAAAUAAAAUUAUUGAGAGCCGAGCUAGCCAUGGUUUCUGAAGAGAUGACAUCCUUUAGGCUCGAGCUGGCCAAAUUAAAUUCCUGCAUCACAGAAUUUAAUAACCACGUGGAUAGUAUUGAGGAGCGUUUAUCUUCACUGGAGCAACAGAAAGCAGGUAGCAACAUGGACCGGGAUGAUACCUCUCAAGAAGGAGUUGCUCAACUUCGUUCAGAUCUUAAUGACCGGGAGCAAGAAUGCUUUUCAAAUGAUAUAGAGAUAUCAGGUUUGACAGAAAAGCUCAGAGAAAACGUGCUUCAUAUUAUCACGCUGGUAGCCAAGAAAAUAGGUGUUAACCUUCAAGACGUCGACAUUGUGAGCGCGCAGCGAUCGGGUCCGCGUCGCGAUUCUCUGAGUAGCUGCGAGCAGGCGCGCCCGCGUCCUAUCACUUUCCUCAUUCCUCGAGUUCCGUUCGCAAAAAAGCCUCAUCAAAAUCUGUUCAUCCGUAUCGUGUUGACCUUAUCAUCCAGUUUCCUAGAUAUCAAUAAAAGUUCUUAUAAAAUCCAAGUAAGACACCAUGUUCCGUCACACAUCACAACAGCAUGUAACCUACUGGCUCUAACAUCGGCAGUGCGUCAAGUAUCGCUAGAUAUACAUGUAUGCCCGGAUUACACCGGACAGAUAACUAAUGGUCGCAUUAAGUCGAGGUAA